CGCAAAAUACCAGCACCACAGAUAGAUAGCACCACUACUCACGCUCAGCCGAGAAAUGCAGUUAUAGAUUUCCAAGAGCGUUGGAUGGAAAUACACAAGAGUGGGAUAGGCUACCUACAGUCGGACUAGCACGAGUUUGACACAACACCUGAACUACUGCGUGCUUCAAAAACACAGCUGAUUUUUGAGUUUAUCGAAACCUUUGUAUGCAACGUUGUCCACCAAUUAUCUUCAAAAUGAACUUUGCGAAGUUUAUUUUAUGCUGGAAUGCAGUUUACCUACACGUUUACGCACAGGUUCAUCCAGAGGUCGGCAUCACAGCACUGGAGCAGAUGUACCUACUGUAUGAUGUCAAAGUUGAGUGUCAUCAGAACAUCUCUACACACAACCCUGCAGAUGAUCUUUGUCCCCCUGGCUGGGAUGGUCUUAUCUGUUGGCCCCAGGGAUCCACCGGAGCGUUAACCAAGGUCCCCUGCCCCAGCUACAUCUACGACUUCAACCAUCAAGGUCAUGCAUACAGGAAGUGUGACAUCAACGGUUCCUGGGUUUCUGUGGAGGGGUUGAACCGAACGUGGUCCAAUUAUUCAGACUGCUUGAGAUUCCUUUUACCUGGUCAAGAGGAGGAAAAGCAGGACUUCUUUGACCGGCUGUACGUCAUGUACACCAUUGGAUAUGCACUGUCCUUCAUCUCUCUUCUAGGGGCCAUUGUCAUCAUAGGCUACUUCAGACGCCUCCACUGCACUAGGAACUACAUCCACAUGCACAUGUUUGUGUCCUUCAUGCUGCGUGCCGUCAGCAUCUUUGUCAAAGACAAGGUGGUCCACACCAACGGAGGUCUGCAGGAAUUUGACACAGCGCUCAUGGACAACUACAAGACCAUCUCUGCUAAGCCUCUUGACAAAUCCCAGUUUGUUGGAUGCAAGAUCACUGUGUUGCUCUUCAUUUACUUCCUGGCAACCAAUUACUACUGGAUCCUAGUAGAAGGGCUGUACCUCCACAGCCUCAUUUUCAUGGCCUUCUACUCGGACACCAAAUACCUGUGGUGCUUUACCCUGAUUGGAUGGGGUGUCCCUGCUCUCUUCGUCGCCGCCUGGGCUGUUGUCCGGGCAACGCUGGCAGACGCACGAUGCUGGGAGUUAAGUGCGGGUAACAUUAAAUGGAUCUAUCAAGUUCCCAUCCUUACAGCCAUUGGUCUCAACUUUAUUUUGUUUGUGAAUAUUGUGCGAGUGCUGGCCACAAAAAUCAGAGAGACGAAUGCUGGGAGAUAUGACACUCGGAAGCAAUGCAGGAAACUGGCUAAGUCCACUCUAGUGCUGGUGCUAGUGUUCGGGGUCCACUACAUAGUGUUUGUGGGCAUGCCACACUCGAUCAAAGGGAUCGGAUGGGAGGUCCGAAUGUACUGUGAGCUCUUUUUCAACUCUUUCCAGGGAUUCUUUGUGUCCAUUAUCUACUGCUACUGCAAUGCAGAGGUCCAGGCAGAGAUCAAGAAGACCUGGACCCGCUGGAACCUGGUGUUCGACGGGAAGGGACCGGCGGCAUGUGCCAACUACCGGUACGGUCUCAACCAGACCUCUACCAGUCAGCCCGUGAUCUCGGGCACCGCCUCUCUCUUCUCCAGCCACGUGUACCGCAGCAGCCAAGCCAGGCACAGCGUCAGCACCCACACCACCUUGCCCGGCUACGUGUUCAGCAACUCUGAGGUGGAUAGCCUGCCCCCAUCCAUCCCAGAGGAGCCAGACGAGAGAGCAAAGCAGGUGGACGACAUCUCCCUCCGAGAGUCCUUACCUGUGGUGAAUAACACCAGCAUAGGAGAGGACUUGGAGGAGACACUGUAGAGAGAGAGAGAGAGAGAGAGUAGGGGGAAAGUGGGAAUGUACAGCUGACAACAAUUGUGUUUUAUUUUUUUUGAACGACAGGACAGCGGGAAGGUAUAGCAGGAGAUACACAAGAAUGAGGGCCACAAACAGAAAGUGGCUGAGACCGAACUCAAGACCCGAAUCCGCAUCGCCAUGGCAAUAUGUGGUUCAGAUUUGGCAGCCUUACGACUCCGGCAGAUAUCUUUGAUGUUUUGCGGCUACUAUAUAUCACCAUAUCCUUGUCUUACUCCAGAUAGCCCUUAAGAUUUGCUGUUUUUGCCUCCCGGGUGGCGCAGUGGUUAAGGGCGCUGUACUGCAGCGCCAGCUGUGCCAUCAGAGACUCUGGGUUCGCGCCCAGGCUCUGUCGUAACCGGCCGCGACCGGGAG